UUCCAUCCACCUCACCCUCCCCUUCCCUCCCUCCCGGCAGCCCCAGCCCUAGCGAGCCGCCUCCAGCAGGGGCUCCGGAGAGCAGGUCGGCGGCCUGGGCAGGGCAGCCGAAGCCAUGGAAGCCUCCGCAGGUUGCUGAUCAGGGCCAGACAGCUGCAGCCGCGACUGCAGAGGCGCUGCGCCAAGCGGGGCCGGAGCGGUGAGAGCCGGCGGGCUGCGGAGCGCCAGUGGACUCAGAGGGGAAGCUGAAACCCAGGAGCCCUAGUAAUGGAAGGAGAAGAAUGCAUUCACUGGAAGUCCAUCAUUUCAUGAACAGCCCAGAAUCAGAGAAGACAGGAAGCCCCAAGCCACACACCGAUGGGCGCCCUGGGAAGGUGACGUCGAGACUAGCCCAGCCUAAUUUGGGGUUCCUGGUGCUGCUCCAGGAGUCCUCCAGCCUGCAGCCCCCGCCGAGGAGGGAGGAUUGUCCAGCGCGGGGUGGGGUCCGAGCCAGGGAUCGGGGGGCCUGGCUUGUAGCGUAGAGGACUCAGUGCUGCGCUGGGGGUCAGGAGGCCCUGCCCCGAUGCCCGUGUGACCUUGGGCAAGGCCUUCGAGCUCUCUCUCCACAUUCGAUCAUCUGGAGAACACGGGGUUGGAGCUAUGAUUUCUGGCUGCCCCUGAGGCCCUGACGAUCGAGAUGUUAAGUCAGGGGCCAGGAGUGUGCUAACUUCAUUGGCGGAGGCAGCUGUGGCUAGCGCCUGGCCUAGCAGCCCUUGCUCGGUCCUGGGGUGUCUGUCUGAAGGGUAAGAGGAGGAGCCAUGCCAGGCAGCGGCCCCAACGAGAGGAUGACGUGGCCUGGUCCUGCCCUCCCCGCGGCACCCCCAAUGCGCCCUCUCUCCUCAGCCCCAGGGACAGCACCCAUCCCGCCCCUCACCCGGACCCGCAGCCUCAUGGCCAUGUCCCUGCCGGGCAGUAGACGGGCCUCUGCUGGAUCCCGCAGGCGCACCUCUCCCCCAGUGAGCAUGCGGGAAGCCUACGGCACCUCAUCUCUCAGCAGCAGCAGCAACUCGGGCUCCUGCAAGGGCAGCGACAGCAGCCCCACGCCCAGGCGCUCCAUGAAGUACACACUCUGCAGCGACAACCACGGCGUCAAGCCCCCCACCCCCGAGCAGUACCUGACCCCCCUGCAGCAGAAGGAGGUGUGCAUCCGGCACCUGAAGGCCCGGCUGAAGGACACCCAGGACCGGCUACAGGACCGGGACACCGAGAUCGAUGACCUGAAGAUGCAGCUGUCGCGCAUGCAGGAGGACUGGAUCGAGGAGGAGUGCCACCGCGUGGAGGCCCAGCUGGCCCUGAAGGAGGCACGCAAGGAGAUCAGGCAGCUCAAGCAGGUCAUCGACACGGUCAAGAACAACCUGAUCGAUAAGGACAAGGGGCUGCAGAAGUACUUCGUGGACAUCAACAUCCAGAACAAGAAGCUGGAGACGCUGCUGCACAACAUGGAGGUGGCCCAGAACGGCGCGGCCAAGGAUGACGGCGCCGGCGAGUCGGCCGGCGGGUCCCCGGCGCGCUCCCUCACCCGCAGCUCCACCUACACCAAGCUGAGCGACCCGGCCGUGUGCGGCGACCGGCCCCCCGGCGACCCCCCCGGGGCCUCAGCCGACGAAGGGGCGGACAGCGGCUUUGCGGUGACCGAGGACACGCUGAGCCGGACGGACGCGCUGGAGGCCAGCAGCCUGCUGUCAUCGGGGGUGGACUGCGGCCCCGAGGAGGGCUUGCUGCACAACAGCUUCGGCCCGGGCCCCCGCUUCCCCGCCAGCAACACCUAUGAGAAGCUGCUGUGCGGCCUGGAGGCCGGCGUGCAGGCCAGCUGCCUGCAGGAGCGCGCCAUCCAGACGGACUUCGCGCAGUACCAGCCGGACCUGGAUGCCAUCCUGGAGAAAGUGACCCAGGCCCAGGUCUGCAGGGCGCUCCCCGAGUCAGGGGACAGGGGCCCAGAGCUGGAUCCCCAGCCCCCAGGGCCUAAAGACCCCGACUCCGCCGUGGUGGUGACGGUGGGUGACGAGCCAGAGGCCCUGGAGCCCAUCACCCGAGGGCCGAGCCUGCAGCGGCCCGGCGCCAACCCCAGCCCUGGGCCGUCGGUGAGCGUGGUGUGCCCCGUGGAAGAGGAGGAGGAGGCGGCCGCGGAGAAGGAGCCCAAGAGCUACUGGAGCCGCCACUACAUCGUGGAUCUGCUGGCCGUGGUGGUGCCGGCCGUGCCCACGGUGGCCUGGCUCUGCCGCUCACAGCGCCGCCAGGGCCAGCCCAUUUACAACAUCAGCUCCCUGCUGCGGGGCUGCUGCACGGUGGCCUUGCACUCCAUCCGCCGCAUCAGCUGCCGCUCGCUGAGCCCCCAAAGCCCUGGCCAGGCGGCCGGCAGCUCCCAGCUGUGAGCGGCACGCCGGCCCGCGGCGCCCGCAGCCCGACCACUGAUUGUAGGGUGCCGCUCUCCCUCCUGCUCCUUCCCCGGGGGCCUCAUCCUUUUUUAGUUUCGGGCAUGGGAGUGGCUUUUUCCGGACGUGAACAGU